GGGCAGGCAACGUCGACUAGUUGUCUGCAGGCAAAGAUGGCGGUGCGGAAGAAAGACGGCGGCCCGAAUGUAAAAUAUUUCGAAGCGUCUGACACCGUUUCUCAGUUUGAUAAUGUCCGCGUGUGGCUGGGCAAGAAUUACAAAAAGUACAUCCAGGCCGAACCCCCCACUAAUAAGUCUCUAUCCAGUCUGGUGGUCCAGCUACUCCAGUUCCAGGAGGAGGUGUUUGGUAGACAUGUCAGCAACCCUCCACUCACUAAGUUGCCAAUGAAAUGUUUUCUGGACUUCAAGUCAGGAGGGGCUCUCUGCCACAUCCUGGCUGCUGCAUACAAGUUCAAGAGUGACCAAGGAUGGCGCAGGUUUGACUUCCAGAAUCCAUCGAGGAUGGACCGAAAUGUGGAGAUGUUCAUGACGAUUGAGAAGUCCUUAGUGCAGAACAACUGUCUGACUCGACCUGUCAUCUACCUGAGCCCUGACAUAGAACCAAAGCUGCUCGGAAAACUGAAGGAUAUCAUCAAAAGACAUCAGGGCUCAGUGACUGAAGAUAAGGCCUCUAGUUCCCAUGUAGUGGUGCCUAUUCCUACCAGUCUGGAGGAAGAGGAGUGGGUGCGUCCUGUGAUGAAGAGAGAUAAACAAGUUCUGCUUCACUGGGGAUAUUUUCCUGACAGUUAUGACACCUGGAUCCCAGCCAGUGAGAUUGAGGCUGCAGUGGAGGAUCCUCCCAGCCCGGAAAAGCCGAGGAAGGUCCAUGCAAAGUGGAUUUUAGACCUGGACCAGUAUAAUGAGUGGAUGAAUGAGGAGGACUAUGAGGUGGGAGAGGGCUGUCCAAAGAGAAAGAGGAUUUCAGCCAAAACCCUGACAGAUGAGGUGACCACACCAGACGAGCGGAGGGACAAGAAACCCGGCAGUGCCAAGAAGAGGAAGCGCUCACCAUCACCUUCCCCCACCCCUCCGCCUCAAGAGAGCAAGAAGAAGAACACCAAAAAAGGGCCAACAACUCCAUACACCAAAUCUAAACGAGGUCAGAGGGAGGAGGAACAGGAGGAUCUGUCCAAGGACCUGGAUGAAGCAUCACCUGUUGCAACAUCUGAAGAGGGAAACAAUUCAAAGACAAAUAACACCAAGAAAGACUCUGAUUCAACCCCGGUCAAGGGAGGGACAGAUAUGGAUGAGCAAGAGGAUGAGUCCAUGGAAACAACAGGAAAGGAAGAGGAGGAAGGCUCUCCGAGUGUGAAGGGUGAACCAGUGAAAGGCUCAGAUCUUCAUGAGGACAAUGUGACCGAGCAAACCCACCACAUCAUCAUACCAAGCUAUGCUGCCUGGUUCGACUACAACAGCGUUCAUGCCAUUGAGCGUAGAGCCCUGCCAGAGUUUUUCAAUGGGAAGAACAAAUCCAAAACCCCAGAGAUUUAUCUGGCAUACAGAAACUUCAUGAUUGAUACCUACCGGCUGAACCCUCAGGAGUAUCUGACCUCCACCGCCUGCCGCAGGAAUCUGGCAGGAGAUGUGUGUGCUAUCAUGAGAGUCCACGCUUUUCUGGAGCAGUGGGGUCUGAUCAACUACCAGGUGGACUCUGAAAGCCGACCUACACCCAUGGGCCCCCCACCCACCUCUCACUUCCACGUGCUGGCAGACACCCCCUCCAGUCUGGUGCCCCUGCAGCCCAAGACGUCUCAGGUCUGUACAAACGUGCACAAGCACACAGACAGACAUGUGCAAAUUUUUUUAUUUAUUUAUUUGUUUGACAUAUGUUCUUGUGUUGCUGUGGCCACACAGACACCUGCCACCCAGCAGAUGAUGCCAUUCCCAGAUAAGGUGAAGGAAAAGCCGGCUGAUCUGCAGAACUUUGGGCUGCGGACUGACAUGUACAGCAAGAAGACUGUAUCUGCAAAGAGCAAGAGUGCAGCAAGCUCUAUGAGGGAAUGGACAGAGCAAGAAACACUACUACUCCUGGAGGGCCUGGAAAUGUACAAGGACGACUGGAACAAGGUGUCUGAACAUGUGGGCAGUCGUACACAGGAUGAGUGCAUCUUGCACUUCCUGCGGUUGCCCAUUGAAGAUCCAUACUUGGAAGAUGGCUCCUCAUCACUGGGUCCACUGGCCUACCAACCAGUACCUUUCAGCCAAGCUGGCAACCCUGUUAUGAGCACUGUGGCCUUCCUCGCUUCCGUAGUUGACCCACGUGUGGCCUCAGCUGCAGCCAAAUCUGCUCUCGAGGAGUUUUCCCGUAUGAAGGAGGAGGUUCCUGCAGCACUUGUUGAGGCUCAUGUGCGGCGGGUGGAGGAGGCAGCGAGGGUCAGUGGCAGGCAGGAUCCUCUGUAUGGUCUGGAAGGUAGCGGCAUCGCAGGCACCGGGCUGGAGGAGGGAGACAGGCCUGAUGAAAGCAGUGAUGAAAGUAAGAGUGACAGCCAAUCAAGUGAGGAGAAGAAAGAUGCUAAGGACAGCAAAGAUGGAGCAGUGGAAGAAGAGGAAAAACAGGCAGAAAAUGGAAAAAAAGAGGAAGACAGAGGAAGAGAAGCUGAAGGAGAGAGGGAGGCGGACAAAACAGAGUCUGAUGCGGGCGAAGGGGAGAAGGAGAAAGAUGGAAAAGAGGGCACAGAGGAAGGGCAAAGAGACGGAGAGAGCGAAGGAGAAAGAAAGGCUAAGGUGGAGCGUGACGUGGGAGAAGGGAACCUGGCAACUGCUGCUGCCUCCGCAUUAGCAGCCGCUGCUGUCAAAGCCAAGCAUUUGGCUGCAGUGGAAGAGAGGAAGAUCAAAUCUCUGGUGGCUCUGCUGGUGGAGACCCAAAUGAAGAAGCUUGAGAUUAAACUGCGGCACUUUGAAGAACUGGAGACCAUCAUGGAUAGAGAGAGGGAGGCUCUGGAGUACCAGCGACAGCAGCUGCUGGCCGAUCGUCAGUCCUUCCAUAUGGAGCAGCUGAAAUAUGCCGAGAUGAGGGCUCGCCAGCAGCACUUCCAGCAGAUUCAGCACCAGCAGCACAGCCAGACCGGAGGCUCUCACUCCAACCAGGCCACCUCAGGCCCCCCACCCCAAGGUCUCUCUGGAAGUCAGCAAGCCCCCAGCACACCAGCACCGCCGGCGGCCCCCAGCCCUGCACCACCAGCCUCUUCAGCCCCAGCGUCCGAGUCCCAACCAGCCCCAGGUGCUCACGCGUCACCCCCCUGCCCACCAGGCCAGGCUCCUACAACUCACUCCAGCUCCAGCACUACACCAGUUCUCCACGAGCCCAGCGCCCCUCUACCUGGGGAGGCAAUCCAUCCCUCAGCUCCUGUCCCUCCUCCACAAUGAGAAAAAAAAAUCCUGAGAAUCCAAAUGACUGACCACUUCAAACCCUGCCUGUAUCAUGAGAAAUGAAGAAAUCAUAAACGGAAGGAAGAAAACACGUUUUACAUUUUUUAGCUUUUCUUUUCUGUUUUGUUUCCAACAAGACAAUUAAUGUGUGACAGAAAAACUAACAAAUGAGUCCACCUCUUCACUGGCUGUUCAAAAAGAAGUCCUUUUCAAAUUGAAUUGACUCCUGAGGAAAGUUGAUUUCGAUCCUCUGUGGUCGACUGGACAGCAACAUCUCAAGUCAGAAAUUUAAGCUCAACACCACAGAUCUGGUAAACUUUAAUGGUCUUACCAACACGCUAGCACUAAAGGAGACAAAGAGAAAAGACUCAUCUCAUGUUUUCAGUAUUUUGGAAAUUGUUGCAUUUAUUUUCCUGCAACAGUUUGACACCGUGUUUCAUACUCUCUCCAGAAGCCCCUCCAUGCUCUGUAGGUACGUAUUGAAAUACAUGUAAGAAAAAAAAUGCACUUUUAUUAUGUUUCCCAAGGUCUCGCUGAAAGACUUGAAGCAUCCAUCAAAUUGAACUUAGCACUUAUAUCUGUUUUUUUGUCUUAAAUAUUUUUUCCUACCGAAGGUUUUUCCUCUACUUUUGUUUGUUACGCAGACAAAUGGUCACUCUACAGGGUCGGGUCAGAAGGUUAUGUGUCUGAAACUAAUAAAAAAAAGUCUAUAAUGAAGGGAAAAACAGUAAAUAAAAGACGCCAUCUUGAAAUUAAAUUAAAUUAGUUUGGAAGCAGUUUAAGAAAGUGUACUGUAAACUGGAUUUGCUGUUACAAACACACCUUUUGAUACUCUGUAAUGAAGAAAUACUGUGGAAAUUAUUUGAAAGUACUGACAGCUUGAGGUCCUGUAAAGACCUCCCUUUGAAUAUCUUAAAAAAAUCCCCAUGCUUUCCAGCAGCACUUAGAAAAAAAAAAGAUUUCAGUGUGGCGCUUCAUGUUUUACAAGUGUGGAUGAGCUUGUA